AUGCGAAGGCAGCUCUGUUUGAAGCUCUUCUCAAAGAUUCCAAAUAAUGUCUGGUCUACGAACACCACAAAUUCGAUCUCCUCGAAUCCAAUUCUCUCAUCGUCAAUCGUGAAAACCAGUGGGAAACCCUUGUACCAGCAGCCCUUUUCACAGCAUUCCACGCUUUCGCAUUCCCAGUUAUGGAAAUUUUGCGGCCCGAAUGGAGUUUAUGGGAGGAUUCAAAACGGGGUUUUGCCGGGCCCUGCUCUGGCCAGGAGGUUUUGUUCGAGACCCCUUUUCAGGGGGCAGAGCAAAUUUCCUGUUAAUGGGGCGAUUAGAGUUUACUGGCGGAGAUUUUUUCACUCGUUUGAUUCUCAGCGGCGUGGCUGGAGAUCAGGUUUAAGACAGUUUACAGCUGAUGGAGUUGUUAUAGGCUUGAUAGUCGCAAAUGUUGCUGUUUUUGUAUUAUGGAGAGUAGCAAGCCCUGAAUUUAUGGUGAAGAAUUUCAUGAUUUCCGUAGACAAUUUUACAAGCGGCAGGCUGCACACGUUGAUAACUUCUGCCUUCAGCCACAACGAGAUGUGGCAUCUUAUUACAAACAUGGUUGGGCUCUACUUUUUCGGACUGAGUAUAGGAAGAACUUUUGGACCGGAAUACUUGCUGAAAUUAUAUCUGUCUGGUGCGGUUGUUGGCUCAAUCUUUUAUUUAGCAUAUCAUGGCUUCAUAGCUCCAUCAUUCCAGCAUGAACUUUGGCAAUUGAUGAUUUGCGCAACUUACUUCCAGGGUGCAAGUGGAGCUGUGAAUGCAAUUUUGCUUCUCGAUAUAUUUCUAUUUCCAACAAAGACCCUCUAUCUCGACUUCAUUAUACCCGUUCCAGCUAUUUUACUGGGAAUAUUUAUCAUUGGUAAAGAUGUCUUGAGGAUAUUGGAGGGUAAUACUCAAAUUUCAGGAUCGGCUCAUUUGGGUGGAGCUACGGUUGCUGCCUUGGCGUGGGCCCGCAGUAGAAGGGGCCGUUUUUGGCGAUUCUAA